ACUCCAUCUUGAAAUUGUCCCGACCCGAGGAGGAGACGGACUUGGAAAAUCCAGGUCGUCCUACACGGAUUAACUGUAGUUUACGCCAAAAAUUCCGUCACAAAAUAGUGUUUCCGCUCCUUUCAUCGACUUAUUUAAGCCGAACCGGUUGUUUGGGCCACUUUGGAGCUGCCUUUCACUCCGCUGGAAGCCUUUUAAUCGGUUGUGUCCCUGCUGGAGCGGUCGGAUCCGGCUGUGGUUGUGGCCGGGCAGCCCCGCUGGACUGUCGGGUAAAGCUCGAGCUUCCCCGCGGAUUAAAAAGAAAAAAAAAAACUAUUUUUUUUUUUUAAUUCACUGUUUUCUUCAAAGGAGGCUUUGAUGUUUUUUAUUCAGCUGGAAAAAGAUAUUUUACGUCUAUGGUUAUGAGCUCAACGAGAAGUUUGAUUAAGCAGCGGAGUGCGCUUGGUUUGGAGUCCGAUGGAUGUUAGCCCUGGCCGGCUGUGGCUCAGCUCUCUGCGCCGCUCAGCUUGUCUGCCCAGAAUGCUGCUACUGACCUCGCAAGUGUAUGAAAACAGCGGGUCUGGUGCCACCAAGUCGCCCUCCAUUGCUUCGCUGUAAAACCUGGAAAUACCACCGAGCAUUCCCCCCUCCUCUCUCACCCACUCCUGGACAUUUUUGGAUUUAGCUUCCAUUUUUAGUAUAAUAUGUACAUUGUCCAGAUACUUUUCUCCUUUGGGGAGCAAGACAUUCAAUUUUAGAUUGUUUCUGUGUUUUUUAAAAAUCUUUUUGGAGGAGUUUCUGCUUUUAUAAAUCAUCCUUUCUGUGGACACAUUCGGAUGGAAAAUGGGAGACGCUACAAAACUGGCCAUAGCCGUUUUCCUCAUCUCCUGUUCUUCAGGUGCCAUUCUGGGACGCUCAGAGACGGAGAAAUGCAUCUACUACAACUCCAGCUGGGAGAAGGACAGAACCAACCUCAGCGGCACCGAUCUGUGCUACGGCGAAACGGACAAGCGGCGGCACUGCUUUGCCACGUGGAAGAACGUCUCGGGCACCAUUGAGAUCAUCAAGCAGGGCUGCUGGCUGGACGACAUGAACUGCUACGACAGCAGCGAGUGUGUGGAGAGGAAGGUGAGCCCCGAUGUGUUCUUCUGCUGCUGUGAAGGCAACAUGUGCAACGAGAAGUUCAUGUACGUCCCAGAUACGCAGGCGCCCAACGACACCGGCCAUUCCACCGCCUACACCACGUCCAACCCGUUCUCCCCGAAGCCGCCGCUCCUCAGCACCCUGCUGUACUCCCUGGUUCCCAUCAUAGGUCUGGCCGGCGUCGUCCUCUUCUCCUUCUGGAUGUGGCGGCACCACAAACUGGCCUACCCUGCGGCGCUUGUCCCCACACAUCACGCCUUUCAUAUUAUGGUGGAGGAUCCAGGACCUUCACCUCCUUCUCCUGUUCUGGGCCAGAAACCGCUGCAGCUCAUCGAGAUGAAGGCCAGGGGGCGCUUCGGCUGCGUGUGGAAGGCCCAGCUGCUGAACGAAUACGUGGCUGUGAAGAUCUUCCCCAUUCAGGAUAAGCUCUCCUGGCAGAACGAGUAUGAGAUCUACAGCGUGUGCGGCAUGAAGCACGAAAAUGUGCUCCAGUUCAUCGGCGUGGAGAAGAGGAACAACAACCUGGACCUGGAGCUGUGGCUCAUCACUGCCUACCAUGACAAGGGCUCCCUGACGGACUACCUGAAGGCCAACGUGGUUUCCUGGAAUGAGCUGUGCCACAUCGCCCAGACGGCGGCCCGCGGCCUGGCCUACCUGCACGAAGACAUCCCCCUACACAAGGAUGGACACAAGCCGUCCAUCGCUCACAGGGACAUUAAGAGUAAGAACGUGCUGCUGAAGAAUAACCUGACGGCCUGCAUCGCCGACUUCGGCCUGGCGCUGAAGUUUGAGGCGGGGAAAUCAGGAGACACACACGGACAGGUCGGAACCCGCCGUUACAUGGCCCCCGAAGUCCUGGAGGGCGCGAUCAACUUCCAACGCGACUCCUUCCUGCGAAUCGACAUGUACGCCUUCGGCCUCGUCCUCUGGGAGCUCGCGUCCCGGUGUACCGCCGCAGACGGCCCCGUGGACGAGUACAUGCUCCCCUUCGAGGAGGAGGUGGGCCAGCACCCGUCUCUGGAGGACAUGCAGGAAGUGGUCGUCCACAAGAAGCUGCGGCCCUGCCUGAGAGACUGCUGGCAGAAGCACACGGGUCUGGCCAUGCUGUGCGAAACCAUCGAGGACUGCUGGGACCACGAGGCCGAGGCCCGCCUGUCCGCCGGCUGCGUCGAGGAGCGCAUCGGCCAAAUGCAACGCCAGGCCCCCAUCAUCGGACCCGAGGAGAUCGUCACUGUGGUCACCAUGGUGACGAACGUUGACCUCCCGCCCAAGGAGUCCAGCUUAUGAUCGGCCGGUCGACCCAGAGGGGAAACAAACGUCCGACCCUGGUUGGUCGGCUUCCUGUUCCCUCCCCCUUUUUAUUUUUUUUUUAUGUUGGUCUUUUCUCCUUCUUGGUUCCUCGCCGCAUCAAGUCGAGAUCCGCCUCAUUUUGAUACGUGUGCCUGAGGAUUUUAAUGUUUGGAGGGUUUUUUUUCUCUCUCGCCAGGUGGGACGACGAUGCUUGGAGAUGGAAAAAAAGAAAGACAAACCCUGGUUUGAUCAUGUAUUGUUUUUAUAUCCACACACGAGACGAACACGGAGUAAUUUCACUGAACUCUCAGCGCAUUUUAAUGUUUCAAAACAAGAAGAAAGGAUAAAAACAAAAAAAGACGAGCGCGUGGCUCCUGAAGCGUUUGCUGUUCUUCUUCUUCUGUGGACGAUCGUUCUGCCAACAAAGCAACAGCUUCUGAAUGUUUAUAGUGUAAUGCUGCUGUACAUAGUGAAUCACGGAGCCGGACCACCUGGUAAUCAGCUCAUUGUAACGGAGGAGGGGGUCCAUUUUCAAACCAUAAACCUCCUUCAGCCGGCUAUACCUCAGUUCAGACGGACACCGUUGUUCCAAUCCUCCCCGCUCACCGCUACGACCCACCAACCGCCAGCUGUCCCUCCCUGCUCCCGUUCAUUUGAACUUGUUGGUAGAUCCAUGAAGUUGUCCCUUUUUAAAGUGGUUUCUUUUCUUGUUGAUUAGAUGUUUGAGAACUGGAUAUCUGUUGUUUAAUUCUCCUUUUUUUCUUUCUAUCGUUUUUCUGAAUUAAUCUCCAGAAAAACACAGACAAGACAAGCCGCUCAGUAUUCGGUUUCCCAGCCUGGCGUGCUGUCAGCUGAGCCAGCUUGCUUCGGAUUCAGUCGCACGCAUCUUUUAUCGUUUCGGGGGUUUUAGUACUAUCAAGAGUCUCCGCUGUCUUUUUGAUACACCUCAGGAAUCUUUGCUACUCGCCACGCCCAGACCCGAAACCGAUUCCUCCCUCUCUUCGGCUCGCCGCUCGGCUCAUUCAAAAGCCGUUCCUCUUCCAUGCUUUCUUCUCAGUCGGCUCCCAGGAAGCGGUGAGUCGAAGCAAGACCAGGAAGAAUCCCCCCAGCUUCCCUCCUCCAUCCUGGUGCCAUUUCUACCUGUCUGUAUUAGUUACUCUCGUCGAUGUCAGGCCAAACGGAUGUACUAGACGUUUUGAGGGACGUUGAACACUGGUGCCGGCAUACCUGCAGUCUCUCCUCAAGCUUCGGGGCGGUUUCCAGUGAGGCGGUUUGCAAACAUCAAGAGUGAAACAUGAGGAAACUUCUCUUAGAGGAUCAUGCUUUGAGUUUUAAUAAAACACUGUUUUGUAACGGUA